UGGUGAUAGUUACACACACCUAAAUGUUUUGUUUUGUUGAAAUUUUCUCCAUUUCUUGGGAUCCAGAGCUCUCAAUUUCAUUGAAUUUAAUGGAGGUCUCAUUGGAUGAUUGCAAUCAGGAGAAGGGAAUGGAUUCCCAGAUGGUGAUAAAUGAAACUAAUUGGACGAUUGAUGUCUCUGAUAUAAGAACAGUGCUAGUUAGAAACAUUUCAAUUGCUGUCACUGAAAGGGAUGUAAGAGAAUUCUUUUCGUUUUCAGGGGAAAUUGAUUACAUUGAAAUGCAAAGUGAAUCAGAAAAAUCUCAACUAGCAUUUGUGACUUUCAAAGAUUCACAAGGAGCAGAUACAGCAAUGCUUCUCUCAGGUGCAACUAUAGCCGAUCUUCCGGUCACUAUAACACAAGUUAUGGAUUACCGAUUACCCCCGGGCUAUUACAAACAACCCAUCAUCGAAAGAGAACUACCACCAGCAGGGUCUGCAGUACGAAAAGCCGAAAAUGUGGUGAGUAGUAUGCUUGCAAAAGGUUUUAGUCUUGGCAAGGAUGCAUUAAAAAGGGCCAAGUCAUUUGAUGAGAAGCAUCACUUGGUGCACAAUGCCUCUGUAACAGUGGCAUCCAUUAAUCAGAAAAUUGGACUCAGUGAAAAGAUUGGCAUUGGGACAUCAAUGGUCAGUGAGAAAGUUAGAGAAGUUGAUGAACAUUUUCAGGUGUCAGAGAUUACUAGAUCAGCCUAUGCUGCCGCCGAGGAGACAGUGAGCAAUGCAAGUUCAGUACUAAUGAGCAACCAGUAUGUCUCAACUGGUGCUUCAUGGGUCUCAAAUGUCUUUGGUAUGGUUGCGAAGGCGGCCGGAGAUGUUAGCAUGAUGACUAAAGAGAAGGUGGACAAGGCCGAGAUUGAGAAGGAGAUUAUUCCAUACUAAUAUGGUAUCAGAGCUUGGUUUGUAAUAUACUCGACACAAAAGACUUUGACUUAGUAUACUCCACACAAGACUUAAAAGUCAAAGUCAAUGUUAGAGGUUAUAUAUAUACAUAUAUAUGUUACUUUAACACUAGUUAUUCUUGAGAGCAAAGUAGGGAAAAUUAAGAAGGCAGAAUUUCCAAUGGUUUUGAGCAAAAUUAUGGAGUGGAUUGAAGAGAGUUUAAGUGAUAGUCCUUUGGGGAAGAGUAUUUUGUAUUGUAUUUUGUGUUCUUCUUUAUCAUCUGAAGAGAAUGAAGGCUUGAAAGAGGAACUUGAAAAUGAAAGUGAUGAUCCGGCGAUCGCCGGAAACCAUGAGGCGCAGGAGCAUUUCAGGGGACGUCUUCUUGGCCCUUGAUGUUUUUGUUUCUUUUUGUGUUUGUCUUUGUGUUUGGCUAGUGUUUUUCUUCUCUUCUGAAACUAGUGAUAUUGUUCUUUAAGUUUUACACUUGGAUGGAUGUAUGACUUGUUAGUGUUGUAAUGAAUGAUUACCAGUAUGAUUAUAUGUAAA